UCCUGCCUCCUCUCCCUCCCUCUCUGUGUUUCUUUCCAUCACUCUGUCUUUGUGUUGUCGCUCGCCGGGUUCUCCAGACCGUGAAGACCCGCCCCUCCCUCUGCUCCAUCACGUCCACUCGCCACCUGCUGCUGGCUGGAUGUUGACGACUGUCAGCAGGUAGACAGACGGACGGAGGGGCAGGCAGGAGCAGCAGCUGCUGAGAGCCAUCAUGAAGCUGGUUUUGCUCCUCCUGCUGGUGACGGAGGCAUCCUGCAGGUCUCACAGCUCUGGGUGUGAGAAGGGCUGUGACUGUCUUGGAGACCUCAAGUUCACCAUAUGCUCAAGGGCUUCCUUCACACGGCUCCCCAGCCGAGUGCCUCCCAACACUGAACGCCUCGACCUGUCUGACAACUGGAUCUCCAUCAUCCCCGAACGCACCUUCAACACCACUCGCAAACUACGGGUACUCCUGCUGCAGAACAACAACAUCAGCGUGGUGGAGGAUGGGGCCUUCUCACAACUGGAGUUCCUCCAGAAGCUGGAUCUGAGCUGGAACCAGAUCACCACUCUCUCUGAGGGAUUCUCCAUUGGCCUAGCCUCACUGCAGGAGCUGCAGCUGUCCCACAACCGACUGACCACCCUGGGCAGCCGGACCUUCCGGCACCUGGACAGCAUCCAGCGAUUAAACCUGACCAACAACAGCAUCCAGACCAUUCAGAUGAGGUCGUUCUCCUCAAUGAGCCUCCUCCGACAGCUCCACCUGCAGGACAACCAGCUGACGUCUCUGAGGAGUGGCACUUUCUCCAUGCUGCGCUCUCUCGAAGUCCUCAACCUGGCCGGAAACCAGAUCAGUGAGGUGGAGACUGGUGUCUUCAAGCCACUUGCCAGCUUGACGUUACUCAACAUUGCCAAGAACCAGCUGACCACCAUCUGCUUCAAGACUUUCCUGAGCAUCCACACCUACAGCACCCACCUCCUGCUGGAGGGGAACCCCUGGAACUGCGACUGUGACCUGCAGAGAGUUUUCCGGAAGCUGCACAGCAUCCAGCGGCUCUUCCUGGAUGACUACUACAACCUGACAUGCAGUUCGCCACCUGACCUCCAGGGCUACCUUCUGAUAAACGUGGAUGAUGAGCUGUGCAUUGCUGAGACGGUCACUGUGCUCAUCAUAACCAUCACCGUCAUCAUCACCCUGCUGGCUGCCAUGCUGAUGGGUGAGAGAAAGAGGAGGAGGAGGAAGAAGAAGGGAUUCCACUGGACGCAGCAGGGAGACUUUCAGACGAGUCUGGGUGUAACUAGUGACAUUGAGUAA